AUGGGAGUCCCAGGAUCGUCACACGGUGACACUUUCCACGAAUGGGCGCAACUCCCAAUACCACGCGCUCAAUUCAGAGAAGAAUUACGAGAACAACAGAUACUGUUAUUCCCUGAAUGUAUCCCAUUACCGGGAGUUGAAAAGCUUCUGAAAACGCUCAAGGAUGCUUCAAACAUCAAUGACGACAAAAUCCACAUGGCACUUGCCUCAAGUACCGAAACCCCAAACUUCAAAAUGAAAACUACGAAUCUCGACGUGAAAAAUAUGUUUAACGUAUUUGAUGCAAACAACCGCGUCUUAGGCGAUGAUCCCCGGUUGGGGAAAGGCCGUGGAAAACCUGCACCUGAUAUCUUCCUAUUGGCGCUCAAGUGUAUCAAUGAAAGUUUGCCGUCAGAUCAGAGACCGAUCGAGCCACAGGAAUGUUUGGUCUUUGAAGAUAGCGUACCUGGUGUUGAAGCUGGGAGAAGGGCUAAAAUGAGAGUCGUUUGGGUCCCGCAUGCUGCACUUGCAGCUGAGUAUAUGGGAAAAGAAAGAGAUGUCCUGUCUGGGCGUGUAGGUCUGGUCAAGAUUGGAGAUGAGCAUCAACUUGGGGAGGUUGAUGAUGGGUGGGGGAGAAGUCUUACGACUUUGGAAAAUUUUCCAUAUCGUGACUAUGGCAUAUAA